AUGGAUUCCUGGAGCACAACUCUACAGACAUUAGAGGGCCAUUCAGAUUGGGUUAGAUCAGUGGCCUUCUCUCCUGAUGGGCUCACCUUGGCAUCGGGCUCAGACGACCACACCAUCAAGCUCUGGGAUAUGGCGACAGGCACGAUCCGGCAGACGCUAGAGGGCCAUUCAAAAUGGGUUAGAUCAGUGGCCUUCUCUCCUGAUGGGCUCACCCUGGCAUCGGGCUCGGACGAUCACACCAUCAAGCUCUGGGAUCCGGCGACCGGCACGGAUCCGGCGACUUGCACGAAGUGGCAGACGUUAGAGGGCCAUUCAACUUGGGUUAGUUCAGUUGCCUUCUCUCCCGAUGGACUCACCCUGGUAUCAGGCUCGGAAGACAACACCAUUAAGCUCUGGGAUACGGCGACCGGCACGCAGCGGCAGACGUUAGAGGGCCUUUCAAGUUUGGUUAGUUCGGUGGCCUUCUCUCCCGAUGGGGUUACCCUAGCAUCGGGCUUGGGCGACCACACCAUCAAGCUCUGGGAUACGGUGACCGGCACACAGCGGCAGACGCUAGAGGGCCAUUCACAUGUGGUUAAUUCGGUAGCCUUCUCUCCCGAUGGGCUCAUCCUAGCAUCAGGCUCGAGUGAUAACACUAUCAAGCUCUGGGAUACGGCGACCGGCACACAACGGCAGACGUUAGAGGGCCAUUCAGGUUGGGUUUGUUCGGUGGCCUUCUCUCCCGAUGGACUCACCCUAGCAUCGGGCUCGGAUGACCGCACCAUUAAGCUCUGGGAUACGGCGACCGGCACGCAGCGGCGGACGUUAGAGGGCCAUUCAAAUUGGGCUAGUUCAAUCGCCUUCUCUCCCGAUGGACUCACCCUGACAUCGGGCUCGGAAGACAACACCAUCAAGCUCUGGGAUACGGCGACCGGCACGCAGCUAGAGGGCCAUUCACAUGUGGUUAAUUCGGGGGCCUUUUCUCCUGAUGGACUCACGCCAACUCUCGAAAAAGGUCUUGACGAUUGCCAGAUAUCAUUAUCGAAUAACUGGGUUAGUUUGGGAGGUGAGAAUGUACUAUGGCUCCCGGCUGAGUAUCGUUCAUUUGUGUGCCAGGCUGUCAAGGAUGCCACACUUGCCCUCGGGUACGCGGAUGGGCGGGUCUUGGUUACAAGAUUCCUUACGCAUAUCAUAUAA